AUGGAGGCCUUUGACUGGGCUGAGCUGCCUGAGCUGCUCAAGCUGUACUAUCGAAGGCUUUUCCCCUUCUCCUACUACUAUCGCUGGCUCAGCUAUGGCAAAGUGGUGAAGAAUUAUUUUCAGCCCUGGGAGUUUUCAUUCACUCUGAAAGAUGAUAUAUACAUUCGCUACCAGUCUUUCAACAACCAAAGUGAAAUGGAAAAGGAGAUACAGAAGUUGAUUCCCUAUCAAAUUGAUAUUGGAGCAGCAUAUUCCCACAGACCCAUCCAACACAAUAUGGUGAAGCUGGGGGCUUUUCAGGCACAGGAAAAAGAGCUGGUGUUUGACAUUGCCGUGAUGGACUACGACGACAUGAGGAGGUGCUGUAGUUCUGCUGUAUCUGUAUGUUCCAAAUGCUGGACCCUCGUGACAAUGGUCAUCUACAUCAUCAACAGAGCUCUGAAAGAGGAUUUUAAAUUUAAACAUUGCCUCUGGGUAUGUUCCAGAAGGAUAGGUGUUCAUUGUUGGAUCUGCGAUGAUGCCUUCAGAAAAUUGUGCUCAGCAUUCUGCUCUGGGAUAGUAGAAUAUCUAAGUCUUGUGAAGGGAGGAGAAGACAUGAAAAAGCAAGUUCAUCUCGGCACAAAGAUUCACCCUUUCCUCAGAAAAUCAAUAAACAUAGUAGAAAAAUAUUUUGAAGACUAUGCCCUGGCUGGUCAAGAUAUUCUUGAAAACAAAGAGAACUGGGAUAAGAUUUUAACUCUUAUUCCUGAAUCUCUUCAUGCUGAUCUUUAGCAAGGAUUCCAAAGAUGUCACAAUUCAGUCCAGCAUUGGGAAUAUUUGAAGAAAGUAGCGAGCAAAAAUCGGCCUGUUAGAAAUGAGAAAUUUGUACCCUGGGUAGAGUGUGAGAUCAUGCUACAGUACUAUUUUCCUUGUCUGAAUAUUAAUGUUAGCAAAGGAAUGAAUCACUUAUUGAAGAGUCCAUUCAACAUUCACCCUAAAACAGGUCGUAUUUCUGUUCCUACUGAUUUGCAGAAAGUGGAUCAAUUUGACCCCUUUGCUGUUCCUACCAUAAGCCAGAUCUGCCAUGAAUUAGUUGUGGUGUCCACUAGCGAAGAGGAUGGGAACAAGGAGAAUAAAGUUGAGGCUGAAGUGAAGCCUUGCAGGAGGGAUUAUAAGAAAACCAGUCUAGCUCCUUAUGUGAGGAGUUUUGAACAAUUUUUGGAAAAACUGGAUAAGUCCAGAAAAGGAGAACUUCUGAGGAAGAGGGAUACACAGAGACUUCUGAAGUCAACGGCUCCCUUUAUACCCACGUGGAUUUCUCUGACCUUCAACCAAUAA